GAGUUGACUACUAGACGAGUUAGUUCUACGAGGCAGAUAGUGACUCCAGAUCAGCGUCUUUUAUUAAAAAAUAACAUCCGAAGAUUUCGAUCAGCCAUUCAAAGCGCUGUGAAAUAUCGCUGUUCUGAAAGUGGUAGUCAUGAAGAAAAGGUAGCCAGUCUGCGCACCGAUAUUCUUAAUUCAAUAUACCACAUAUUUGGCGAUCAUUCUAAAUGUGCUACAUAUUUUUGUAAAGGUAAACAUACAGGAGUAAUCAAAUGAUAUUUUUGUUGUUUAAUAAUUAUGUUAUUUACAGACAAAGACAGUGCAAAUAAUUACAUUCCGGACAUGACACGCACGGGUUUAUUGCAAGACAUUAGAAUAGUCCUAAACAGAAUUGUUCAACAUGCAGAUAGUUUGUUGCUAGAUAUGGACAAUAACUCUGCAGAGUGUUACAAUUCUGUAGUUGCUAAAUUUAUAGGCGGAAAAAGAAUUAACUUGGCGGGUCGUGAUUCUUUUCAAUUAAGGUGUCAAGCGGCAGGAAUCAGUUUCAAUACAGGACAUUACAAAUAUCCCCAUUUGAUCUACAAAUCCAUAACGAAGCGAAGUCCUGGUAAAUUCGUAAAAUCUUACAUGGCUCAAAAGAAGAGAAUUCAUGAAAACAAACUCACAAGAAGACAACUUUUUCCCGAAAAAUAUAAAAAGAAAAUCAAACUUCCCGCAGAAACUGAUGCUGAUUAUGGACCUGACGCUGCCGCCAUUUCGAAUAUAUUGCCAGACAGCUAUGAGAUUGAAAAAAAGGCCUUUCUUGAUGCUCUUCAAAAAACACCACUGGAAAUAAAUGAGUUGCAACAGAAGACUAUUGGUCAAAGUAACAAUCGAACUUGGGUGGAAGAAAGAUAUAAGCGAUUAACAGCAUCUGUUUUUGGAAAAAUUUGUAAAAUGAGGCAUUCAACUUCAUGCCAAGCGACCGUGAAAAGUCUGUUGUAUAGUACCUUUUCGGGAUCUACCGCUACAGACUGGGGCAAAACACAUGAGCCUAUGGCCGUAGAAGCGUUUCAAAUUGCGAACGAUGUAACUGUUGAACCUUGCGGGUUGUUUAUAGACGCUAAUUUUGGAUUUUUGGCCGCAUCUCCAGAUGGAUUAAUAGGCAAUAACGCCAUCAUAGAGAUUAAAUGCCCCUACUCUGCGGCUCAGACGACACCAAUAGAUGCAAUUUUACAAAAAAAGCUUGCAUAUUGCACUUCAAAUAAUGGGAAAAUACAACUAAAAAAAUCUUCCGAUUACUAUUUUCAGAUUCAGGGCCAAUUGCAUAUUACGAGGCGUGACAUUUGCCAUUUUGUAAUAUGGACACCUCUCGGUAUAGAAGUUGAAAGGAUUUCCAGAGACGACGUAUUUUGGUCACAAAAAAUGGAAUACCGUCUUGAACAAUUUUACUACAAUUGUUUAUUGCCUGAGCUACUCUAUCCUCAACAUCCCAAAAAUCUGCCAAUUCGUGAUUUGAGGAAAAGAGAACCCCAGAAGACGACAUAGAUUUUCUAAUUAAAUAAUUGACCACACUCAGUUUUUUUUUUUUUACAAAAAGACUCAUAAAUUUGCAUUGGUAAUAUGUUAUAAUUUGUUCAUAUACUAAGUGUACUAGUUUAGCUCCAAUUUUUAUAUAUUUUUAUUUUUAUUUUUAACCAGCCACUUUAAAAUUAAUUGUUCCAAUUUUUAUAUUUCCUGUUGGAAAUAAACUACUUUUUUUUACUAAUAAAACCUGGACGGGGUCACAGUGACCUUCCUACUCCUCACUGCAACCGCACCAGUACAAUAAAAAAAAAGAAAGAUUUUUCCUACAGUUACCGGUCGGUAAGUAGCUGUAGGUUCCGCAAUCGUGUGAUUUUUUUUCUCAAAAAAAUUAACAGCAAUUUGACAUUUUUUUUUAAUUUGUGGCAAUGUCAAAGGGCCUUUUUAAAUUUAUUAAUAAUUUACGAAUUUUAAUUUUAUUUUAAACAUAAAAAAUUCUUCAAUAAAAAAUGU